CGGUAGAGCGUGAGACUCUUAAUCUCAAGGUUGCGGGUAAGUCAAUCCUCAACGUCUGAGAUUAUUUACCAUUAAUGCUAACAUCACACCUUAAAGGUUCGACCCCCGCAUCGGGCUCAAUUCCUGAUGCUUCCCAGUUUACUGGGAUUAGCAGCCUCUAAAUUUUUUUUUUUUGAUAAAUCUUUUUUUUCCCUUCUUUAUCCUUAUUUGCGUCUUUCUUUAUUAUCCUACCUUUCACCUCUCCUUGAACGGUUUUCUACCUUCUUACCCCCCUUUUUGGUUCUUUUAUUUCAAUGUCUUUUUCCAUGUCCUCGGCUCUGGUGGGGUAAAUAUUCCCUACUGUUGGUCCCACAGUUCCUGGAUCGUCAAACGCCAAAUUUAUUUUUACGUGCAUAUGUUAUGCUGAUGGUUUUUUUCUUUCUAACUUGGCAGCCAUCCCCUCACCCCACCUAUACAUUGAACACACCUAUCUCGGUUUGGCAUAGGUAGGGGUUAUUAUCGAGUUAUUCAACAGGGUGUCCACGUUGCAACCUGGUUAUUGAAACAUCAUGGGUGGAGUGGAAUCGCCAUAUCUCGACUUGCUUAAUUUACACUGUGCUUCUACGAACUUCGCUUCGUAGGUACAUAGACAGUCAAGGUUUUAUUUACGACUUCAUCAUUUCA